AAACAGAGCACACGAAGCUCAGAGUCAGUGAGCCGCCAUCCAGCAGAGAAGAAGAAGCAGGUCCAGAGUCAGUGAGCCGCCAUCGAGAAGAAGCAGCAGCAGCUCCACAGUCUCCUCCUCGUCACUUUCUCCUCUUCGUCAGCUCCUCCUCUUCACGAUGCUUCGCUCUCCUCUUUCCGUCAGAGAAGAGAACUCCCUGUGCAGUCAGACCGACAACAUGGCGCUGGACAAAGAAAACACGCCUCCCGCUGUGAGCAGCUCCCGCAUCCUGGCGUCGAAAGCCGCGCGGAAAAUCUUCUCUGACGCUGCGCCCAAAGCCGUGAAGAAGAGCAGCGGCGAGGAGGCGGAGCCUCUACUGAAGGACAACGCCAGCCGCUUCGUCAUCUUCCCCAUCCAGUACCACGACAUCUGGCAGAUGUACAAGAAGGCCGAGGCGUCCUUCUGGACCGCAGAGGAGGUGGACCUGUCCAAGGACCUGCAGCACUGGGAGUCUCUGAAGGACGAGGAGCGGUACUUCAUCUCUCACGUGUUGGCGUUCUUCGCCGCCAGCGACGGCAUCGUCAACGAGAACCUGGUGGAGCGCUUCAUGCAGGAGGUGCAGGUGACGGAGGCCCGCUGCUUCUAUGGUUUCCAGAUCGCCAUGGAGAACAUCCACUCGGAGAUGUACAGCCUCCUCAUCGACACGUACAUCAGGGAGCCCAAAGAGAGAGAAUACCUGUUCAACGCCAUCGAGACUCUGCCCUGUGUGAAGAAGAAGGCUGACUGGGCGCUCAACUGGAUCGGCAACGCCAACGCCGCCUACGGAGAGCGAGUGGUGGCCUUCGCCGCCGUGGAGGGAAUCUUCUUCUCUGGGUCUUUCGCUGCCAUCUUCUGGCUGAAGAAGAGAGGCCUGAUGCCCGGCCUGACCUUCUCCAACGAGCUCAUCAGCAGAGACGAGGGUCUGCACUGUGACUUCGCCUGUCUGAUGUUCAAACACCUGCUCAACAAGCCGUCCAAAGAAACCGUCACCGACAUCAUCAAGAACGCCGUGGCCAUCGAGCAGGAGUUUCUGACGGAGUCUCUGCCGGUGAAGCUGAUCGGGAUGAACUGUGACCUCAUGAAGCAGUACAUCGAGUUCGUGGCCGACCGCCUGAUGCUGGAGCUCGGCUUCAACAAGAUCUACCGGGUGGAGAACCCCUUCGACUUCAUGGAGAACAUCUCUCUGGAGGGAAAGACCAACUUCUUUGAGAAGCGCGUGGGCGAGUACCAGAGGAUGGGCGUCAUGUCCGGCCCCUCGGACAACACCUUCAGGCUGGACGCAGACUUCUGAGGACGGAGGUCACGUGUUCCCGCUCCGCAGCAGGACGUCGGUUCUUCACUAAUUCAACUGAUCAGCUGUCCCACAGGAAGCUGGCCUUUACCUCAGCCCUUUCACUCUCAGCAGGAUACAGGCGUGUGUACAUGUGUGGGUUUUACUCUGUACAGGACAUUUUAUUAAUUGACGGCAGUUUCUGUAAAUAGUCUUGUUUUAUCUCUAUUUUAAAAGGUAGAUUUAAGCCCAUUUUUAUGAUAUUUGUCUUGAGCUGUCAAAUGUACAGGUGUAGUUUUAAUGUAUGGACUUGAUUUUUGUAAUAAAAAUUGUAUCAACAAACCUGA